UUUCCAAAAGCGUCGUGAAAAAUAUUCUUAACUCAUACUCCGUUUAUCUAAAUUUAAAUGUAAUGCAACGAGCAAGUAAAAUAAUGAGACAAGCAAGCUCUACUCCAAUAAUCAAGAAAAAGCUUACUGAAGAAGAAAUAGAGGAUCUGCACCAAGAACUGAAUACCAAAGAUCACAUGAUUCCGUUGGAACAAUUGUGUGAAAAAUUAAACACAGAUAUUGUCAAUGGUUUGACACAAGAGGAAGCAAAUAAUGUUCUCCAUAGAGUGGGACCGAACUCCCUGACCCCGCCGAAAGUAACGCCAGAAUAUAUAAAAUUUAUGAAAUGUAUGUUUCACGGAUUCGCCGGCCUCUUAUGGGGUUGUGCAUUAUUGUGUUAUAUUUUAUAUGGACUUAGUAUGGGACUCGAAGGCACAGGUGGUGGGAUCGAAUGGUUAGGAGUUAUUAUUACACUGAUAUGUUUGAUCUCAGGAAUAUGUGCUUAUAUACAAGAAAGUAAAAAUACAAAAAUAAUGGAAUCGUUCAAAAAAAUGGUACCUACAUUUGCAACAGUAAUAAGAGGGGGUAUGAAAAUGCGUAUAGCAACUGAAGAUUUAGUUCCAGGGGAUCUAGUACAAAUCAGACUUGGCGAUAAAAUUCCAGCCGACAUCAGGAUCAUAGAAUGUCGUGAACUCAGAGUAGAAAACUCGAGCAUCACUGGAGAAAGCGAACCUGUGCUUCGAACAAACUACCCAACUGAUGAGAAUCCCUUGGAAUCUUCUAAUGUAGCUUUCUUCUCGUCCUUUGCAGUGGAAGGACAGGGCAAUGCAAUAGUGGUAGCCACUGGUGAUGAGACAAUGAUAGGGAGACUUGCAGGACUCACCUCUCACCUAGAGAAAGAAGAAACACCAAUCGCCAAAGAAAUUAGACACUUUGUUCAAAUAAUUGCCACCAUAUCCAUAAUAUUCGGACUGUUCUUUUUUAUAGUAUCAUUAAUACUAGAUCCCAAUAUACUGAAAGCAUUUACGUACAUGCUGGGUAUAGUAAUAGCUAAUGUGCCUGAAGUUCUAUUGGUUACCGUCACCACGAGUCUAACGCUUACAGCCCAAAAAAUGGCAGAGAAUAAUUGUUUAAUUAAAAAUUUAGAAGCAGUCGAGACGCUUGGCUCUACGUCAACUAUCUGCUCGGAUAAAACUGGAACUCUGACUCAGAACAAAAUGAGCGUCUCCAAUUUAUGGUUUGGACAUACGAGGUACAAUUUUCCCCCAGGCGAGAGGCUCGGCGUUGAGAAACACUUGUUAACGGAGAAACCAGCUUUCAAUAUAAUGAUCAAGAACGCCACUCUCUGUCUUCGUGCAGAGUUCAUCGCAGAAUCCACUUUGUUGAAUCCAAUCGACGAGCGAGAGGUAAUUGGGGACGCUUCAGAGACAGGUAUUCUCAGAUUCUGCGAGCAUAUACACCCCACAGAAAAAUUCAGAGAGGUGCACCAAAAGGUCGCGGAAAUCCCGUUCAACUCCAUAACAAAAUACCAGCUAUCCAUUCACAAGGAUGAAUAUGGAUAUACAAUGAUCAUGAAAGGCGCUCCAGAGAUAAUCCUAGAAAACUGUACCCAUAUACUAACCACCGAUGGAGAAACAAAAGAAAUGACUCCUCUGGAUCUCACAAUAUCCCGAAGAGCCUGUGCAGAGUUGGGAUACUUAGGAGAGCGAGUUUUAGCUUACUGCGAUCUUCAUCUACCUGAGAGCAUUUACGGUCCAAAUUUUAAAUUCUAUACCGAGUCUUCUAGUUCCUACAAUUUCCCAACAAUGGGUUAUAGGUUUGCUGGGCUGAUUAGUCUCAUAGACCCUCCAAGGCCAGCUGUGCCUGAUGCAGUGAGAAAGUGUCGCACAGCAGGGAUCAAGGUGAUAAUGGUGACUGGUGACCAUCCAGUGACGGCAAUGGCAAUAGCAAAGAAAGUUGGCAUCAUUGGAGAGGGAAAUGAGACAAAAUAUGAAAGAGCAAUACUACAGAACAAGUCAUAUUCACAAUUAAGUGACAGCGACUCUGGUGCUAUAAUCAUAACUGGUUCUGAAUUGAGGAACAUGGAUGCAGCACAGUUAGACCAUAUUGUGAGGAACUAUGAAGAGAUAGUCUUUGCAAGAACUUCUCCGCAGCAGAAGCUCCUUAUAGUGGAAAGCUGUCAGAGAUUAGGAGAAAUUGUGGCAGUUACCGGAGAUGGGGUGAAUGAUUCCCCAGCAUUAAGAAAGGCGGACAUUGGUGUGGCAAUGGGCAUAACAGGCUCCGACGUGGCGAAAAAUGCGGCAGACAUGAUUCUCAUGGACGACAAUUUUGCGUCAAUUGUGAUCGGGAUAGAAGAAGGUAGACUGGUAUUUGACAAUCUUAAGAAGUCUAUUGUGUAUACCUUAACUUCUAGCAUACCUGAGAUGCUGCCUAUGCUAAGCAGUCUCAUUUUUGCUAUACCUCUACCAUUCAUUCUGGAGAUGAUUCUAUGCGUUGAUAUAGGCACUGAUUUGCUUCCAGCAAUUGCACUGGCAUACGAGAAGGCUGAGUCUGAUAUAAUGCGCCGUGCGCCAAGAAAUCCACAGUAUGAUAAACUUGUUAAUAAGCGCUUAAUAUCUAUUGCUUAUGGGCAGAUCGGAAUGACCCAGUCUUUGGCUGGACUUUACACCUAUUUCAUGAUUCUUAUGUUAAAUGGAUUUCUACCUGAUCGUCUUUUAGGACUACGAUUAGAUUGGGAGAAUAAAUCUAUUAAUGAUUUGCAAGAUUCUUACGGGCAGACGUGGACUUAUGAUACGAGAAUGGAUUUAUUAAAUGAAGCUCGUACUGGGUAUUUCUUGUCCAUUGUUAUAACACAACUGAUAGAUUUGAUCAUGUGUAAAACUAGAGUUAAUUCGAUUGUAGAACAAGGAAUGGAUAAUUGGUUUUUGAAUUUUUCGUUGAUUUUUGAAAUCAUUUUAACAGGGUUUCUGUUGUAUGUACCAGGGAUAGGAAAAGUAUUGAAGUUUAUGCCUUUGAGUGCUUAUUGGUAUUGGCCGAGUUUACCGCUUGGGGUGUUUCUUUGGAUAUACGACGAAUUUAGGAGGUUUUGUAUUAGGAAGUUUCCUGGGGGAAUCAUAGACCAGGAAACUUAUUACUAACAGCUGAUACGUAUUUAUGAACAAUGGCGAAAUUAGGAUUUAUUUCAGGAGUGGAUUAUGUAGUUUAGGUAAGUGUAUAGUAAGUGUCAAGUGUU